GCUUCUAUCUCAAUGUCAUACUCAUACAUACAUUUUUUAAAAUCUCAAAAGGCAAGGUACUUUAUUAAAGAAAAGGUACCCUCCCUUUCCCUCUCAAAAGACAGCAAAUCCGUUUCCAUAGCAAGCGAUCCUUAAUUAAUUUUCUAUCAGAUAGGAGUUAAGAGAAGAAGGGAAAGCAAAUGGCUUCACCAAAAUCAAGAAUGAUAUUCCGUAUCAUGUUGGUGACUCUACUGCUUCUCCUUCUCUUCUACAUCGGUCGCCCUUUAUACUGGAAAUUCUCCGCUACCGUCUACGAAAUUCGCAACAACAAGCAAACUUUCAGACAAGGUCUUUCCCAAAUUGUUAUACAAGGUCAGAAAUCCCUCGGUUGGUUCAGUGCUCCGGUCUAAUACCCGAAGGAUUCUUCGCAAAGCUCCGGUUAGAUUAUGGUUCACAUCAUAAUUAUUAUUUUUAGGGUUUUUACAUUUUUAGGGGAUUUUAGAUGGAACUCUAAUAUUAUAAUCACAAGUGACUGGUUCAAAUCAUGUUGUAAAGUUAUGAUAUAAUAAUUGGAUCUUUCUUGAAAAAAUAUUAGGUUAAAUUUGUAAGGAUGAAUCAAUGAAAAGUAAAUUUGUUCAAUUA